AUGAUUUAUGUUGGUGGAGAUUUGGGAAAACGAUUUGCCAGAGGCUCCUCCGUGCUGGCCGUGAUUCUUAUUUUGACGAUGACGACUGUUGCUAUCAUAGACUUUGAGGCCUCAAACUUCGAGCCUUUCAUCCCACCAGACAUGGGGAUUGCCGGCGUGCUGGCAGGAUCCGUGACGACCUUCUUUGGCUUCAUUGGCUUUGAUGAAGUGUGCUGCAUGGCGGGGGAGGCCACAAAUCCGCGAAAGACUGUGCCACGCGCUUUGAUCGGCACGCUCCUGUGUGCGACAGUUCUUCCAUUGGCAGCUUCGUUGGCGCUUGUUGGCUUCACACCAUACACCAGCAUUGAUCCCAGCUCGGGCUUUGCAGUGGCCUUUCGUGACAGGGGGUGGACUGCGUUGGCUUAUGCUGUACAACUUGGACAGCUGGUGGUGCUCUUCGUUGUCACUUACAUGUGCUUCUUGGCUCAGCCACGGGUCUUCUUUGCACUUGCCAGAGAUGGCCUUUUGCCUUGCAGGUUUGCAGAGUUGAAUGAAGCCGGCGAGCCGUGGUUUGCGACAUUGAUGACCGGAGUACUCGUCGUGGCCUGCGGAGCAUUGCUUCCAUUUAGCACUUUGGCCAAUGCCAUCUCUGGAGGCGUUUGUGUGAACUUCAACUUGGUCAACUGCUGUAUGGUGGUGCUCCGAGGAGGCGGUCAGAGCUGCCGACUGGGCGGAAGCCUCUUUGGGUUCAACGGCUUUUGCCUCCUCACGGCUCUCUUGCUACGGCAAGUCUUGGGUGAAGACGUUGAAGGCAUGGCUCAUGUGUGGGCGCUUGCUGCUGCAUCAGUGGCUGCGCUGGCCACCAUUCUUUGCUUCGUUGCGAUCACCGCUUAUUUGAGAGACCAAGCCGCUAGUGACAACGAGGCAGACUGUGGCAAAUUGGCAGUAGCCGUGGCACUUGGCCUUGCACAAGGUUUUGAACUGAAGCGUGAGUUUGUCGAGAUCCCGGAGAGCAUUGUGAGCCGACGGUACCAGAUGUGCCGAGAGUCGGACCUCAGCUGCGCUCGUUCAUGCAACAUGUUCAAGAAGGCAGCUGCAGUGGCCUUCAAGGGUGAGACAAGGAUACGGGGCAAAGAGGGCAAGCGCUUGCAAGAGGCAGUCGCAGCCGCGCAUGGCGAAGAUCUAGCAUCAGUCCUUCUUCCCAACAAGGCUGAUGUCAUUGUCCGCAAGGCAGGAGGAGGGAGCAACCUCCAGUUUAUAUUCAUCAAUUCGGAGUGCCUUUUUGUCCAGCUAGAUGGCAAGGCCGAUAUGGGCGUGGGAGAGCUCAUGCCGACUCUUUUGGCUUUGUGGAAGGUAGGAGCGGAAGCUAUGUUGCCCUCUGUGGUGAUACAGAGGCCAGUGGCAAAAUUUAUCUUUGGCGGGGCCAAUGUAAUGGCACCUGGCAUCCACUCCGUCUUGCCUUGCAAAGGUGAAGUGGCAAGAGAGGGCCGCCUUGUCGCAGUGCGCGCUGAAGGCAAUCCAGGGGCUGCUGCAGUAGGAAGACUUCGAAUGCCAGCAGCCUCUUUGCCGGGACCGAAGGGUGAAGCAGUGGAGGUCCUGCACUACUUUGGCGAUGCCUUUUGGGAGGCCAUGGGCAGCCCGCGGCCUGCUGGAUUCGUAGGCGAUCAAAUCCAUUCAACGUCCGACACGGCAGAUGCUAUUUCGGCACAGCCGGACGAAGCCGAAACAGCUGCGGCUGCAGAGGCUGAGGCCCCUGGUGAAGAUCAGAGCAAAGCGACCGAAAGCGCCAUGGUCAAGGAUUUAGAAGAGUGCCUAUUGCAGGUCCAGUGUGUGUGUAUGAAUUGUGGCUAG